UUUAUCGCGCGCUUUUUACGCACGGUGCUUUUAUGUGAUCGAGGCUAGCUGCUAAAGUAGCUGUAACGCUGGUCUGAGACGUCGCCGGUCCACAAAAGGGGUCUCAUCGCCGCGCUUACCGGAUCGCUGCCGGCUGUCUAGAUAUCCAAAGGGGAAGUGCCAUUGGCCCGCAACAAACUUCACAAUGGGCAAAAAGUCUCGCGACGAGGAGUCAUCAUCAUCUGAUGAGGAAGAAUAUGUUGUGGAGAAAGUGCUGGACAGAAGGGUGGUGAAAGGCAGGGUCGAGUUCUUCCUGAAAUGGAAAGGAUACUCGGACAAGCACAACACUUGGGAGCCAGAGAAGAAUCUGGACUGUCCUGAGCUCAUUUCAGAAUUCAUGAAGACCUACAAGAAAGGUGGAACCGGCGCAAGUGGUGGCAGUAGUGCAGGCGGCGGAAGCUCCACACCAAGCAGCGGGGCCAGCAAAUCCAGCACAGGCUCCAUGGGGCGCUCCAAAGAUUCCAGCGGCUCAAAGAAAAGAAGCUCCGAUGACGACGAAGAGGGCGGAAGUAAGCCCAAGAAGAAAAAAGAGGAUGAAAUUCUAGUCGCACGUGGCUUUGAGCGAGGACUGGAGCCAGAGAAGAUCAUUGGAGCCACGGACUCAUGUGGAGACCUAAUGUUCCUCAUGAAAUGGAAAGACUCGGACGAGGCCGACCUCGUGCUCGCCAAGGAGGCCAAUCAUAAGUGCCCGCAGAUCGUCAUAGCCUUCUACGAGGAGCGCCUCACCUGGCACGAAGACAGCGACAAGAAGGAGAAAGAUGGCGUCAGUGCGUGAGUGCCUGGCCUCAGGAGGGGGGGAACGGGACCUCCUCCACUGCAGGGACAAACCUUGAGUUAAGACAUUUUUCACAACCCCCCCCAAAAAAAAAAAAAAACAACCUCCCAUCCUUCACUCUGACCAUGUCCAAACAACGACUCAAAAGACAACGGACACAGUGUUGUUACUUCCAUCCAUGCCCCACUGGAGCACGACGGCCCCGGUUGCUGAGAAGGAUCCACCGCAGGAGGAGAAGCUGUUAUGCUGCUGGGGAGGGUUUUUACUUUUUUUUCCGUCUUUGUAUUCUCUACCUUUUUUUUUUUUUUUUUUUUUUUUUUCAGUGUCUUAACAUGUUCUGUUGUAGUUCUUGCUAGAAAACUGUUUUAUGCUGUUUGCAUCCACGAGUACAGGUGGACAUCUUCUGAGAGUUAGAGUUUAAAACAAGCAAAAAAAAAAAAACCCAGGAGGUCGGUAUAAACGGUGCGUCUCUUUUCUUCCGCCCCCUCUGACAAGACAAAAGGAUGUGAUCAAAUGAUGUUCAGGAAAUAACCACCCCGGCAUUCUCCUGGCUGCAGAAUCACUUCCUUUGGUUUCUUCUUUCAUUUGUAAAUGGUUCAGUUUUCUCCCAGGAUGUAACUCCUCAAUUUGGAAACAUUUUUAAAACGGAUUUCUUAUGUUCACGUCGUAUGUUUGCUGCUUUCAAGUUUUAUGCCAUGACUAUAUUUGUGUGCUUUUUUUUAUGUCUUUACUCACUGAUUUCAAGUAAAGGAAAAAUAAAACACGUUUUGCUCA